GAAUCCAAAGUUGUAUUCAAUGGUGAUAUGGUUCAAAGUUUGAAGCUAAACAACCCAGUGAAUGGUCAGCAUUUAAUUGGGCAAGAACAAAGAAAUUAUGCUUACCAAAAAAAAGAACCAAGAAAUGAUGCAGAGAUUGUUGAAAAACUUGAAUUAAUCUUACAAGUCAACAUGACCAUUUCUUCAGCUUCACAGUUUCUGGGUAUUUUUCUAUGUCAGAAACAGGCAUCCUCACACCUAUAAACAGGGCACCAUCUUGUAUCCAAUCUUCGUACUGGGCACCAGAAAUGGAUUCUCAGAUCUCUUCAACGUUUCGGUUACUGUUUGUUCUGCUAUUCGGGUUUUUACAAGCAGCUUCAGCUCAAAACCAGGAAGGCUUUCUUCAAUGCCUUCGCCUUUAUUCACAGAACCCUGCCUCCAUAUCUAAUGUCACAUACACCCCAAUCAACUCUUCAUAUUCAUCAGUCUUGAACAGCUCUAUACAAAACCUUAGGUUCUCCACACCUACUACUCCUAAACCUCGAGUCAUUGUCACAGCAUUGAAUGUCUCUCAUAUUCAAACAACCAUAAUUUGUGCCCGAAUUCAUGGAUUGCAGAUCAGAACUAGAAGUGGUGGACAUGACUAUGAGGGUCUAUCUUAUGUUUCUGAUGUACCAUUUGUCAUCCUUGACCUCAUUAACAUUCGAAAUGUCACAAUUGAUGAAGAAACUAGCACCGCCUGGAUUCAAGCUGCUGCAACCAAUGGUGAAAUUUGUUACAGAAUUGGUGAGAAAACUAGAACCCUUGGGUUCCCGGCUGGUGUUUGCACAGGUGUAGGUUCUGGUGGGUUCAUCAGUGGAGGAGGCUACGGCCCGUUGAUGCGCAAAUAUGGUCUUGCAGCAGAUCAAGUAAUCGAUACACAAUUGAUCGACGUUGAAGGGAGAGUUCUUGACAGAAAUUCAAUGGGAGAAGACUUGUUUUGGGCUAUUAGAGGAGGUGGAGGUGCUAGCUUUGGAGUCGUUGUUGCUUGGAAAGUGAAAUUAGUUCCAGUUCCAUCUAAUGUGACCGUAUUCUCAAUCACGAGGACCCUGGAACAAAAUGCAACCAAUCUUGUCUAUAAAUGGCAAUCCGUGGCGCCAAAGCUUCCUGGAGAUCUAUACCUUAGGCUCAUGAUAAGCAGAGUGAACUCCACUGAAGAAGGGGAGAUGACAAUCCAAGCUACCUUCGAUGCCUUGUUUCUUGGCACAACUAAUGGUCUCCUGCAAUUGAUGCAAGAGCGCUUCCCUGAGUUGAAUGCGACUAGACAAGAUUGCACUGAAGUGAGCUGGGUUCAGUCUGUCCUCUUCUUUGCUGGAUUUCCAAUGGACUCCCUGGAAUUAUUGCUUAAUAGGAGACCAUUUGAAGCACGGUUCAAAGCGAAAUCAGACUAUGUGAAGGAACCAAUUCCUGAAUUUGCAUUGGAAGGAUUGUGGGAAAGGCUUUUCGAGGAAGAAGCAGCAGGGGCUGUACUCCUACUUGCUCCUUACGGAGCCAGAAUGGCAGAGAUUUCAGAAUCAAGCACUCCUUUCCCACAUAGAGCUGGGAAUUUAUACAAAAUUCACCACUAUGUGGGUUGGCAAGAAGUAGACAGUGAAGCUUCACAAAAGUAUAUAAGUUGGAUCAGAAGACUUUACAGUUACAUGGCUCCUUAUGUUUCGAAAAAUCCACGAGAAGCAUAUGUCAAUUAUAGAGAUCUUGAUAUUGGCACAAACAACAAAGGCAAAUGCACAAGCUACAAACAAGCAAAAAUUUGGGGUGAAAAGUAUUUCAAGAACAACUUUGACAGAUUGGUGAGAGUCAAGACCGAGGUCGAUCCUUCUAAUUUCUUCAGGAAUGAACAAAGCAUUCCACCUAUCUCAUCAUAUUGCUACAACUCAGAAGAUGACAAGCUAUCCUCUGCAAUGUAAUAAAGUAUUUUUCUUCUCUAUUUGGAAUAAAUAAAUCCUUCAUGACUCAUUUAUGCAGAACUAGUGACUCUUUUA